UUUGUAGUGGGUAUUCGUUAUAAUGCUGUGUUCUUGAGGCGAUUUCAUGGGUGGAACUCUUAGGAACAAUGGGUAGCUUUAGUGAUGAUGAAGAAUGCCCAUAUUUUGAUGCUCAAGAGAUCAAUGCUCCCUCGAUAUCUGAAUUCAAUUGCGAUGGUAUUGAGGCGGCCAUUGAUACUCAUCCCAGAUUCAAAAACUGGGUUGAUGGCAGUUUGGUUUAUGAUGUAUGGAACCAAAGCCCCAAGAGUGUUCAUGAGCGUCGGAGGAAGUUUUUGAAAUGGAUGGAGUUGGGAUUAGAUCAAACUCUUCCUUGUAAUGGGAAUUCUCUGACUCUGUGGAGUGAUUGGAGAGAAGGGGAUGGAGGAAGAUUGAGGGAUAAUUCUUGUGCUGAAUCCUCUGAUUUUGAAGAUGUGUUUUGGUCGGGUCGAUCUUCGAUGUCGUGUUGGUCUAGUGAUGAUUUUGAAUGUUCGGAGAUAACUUCAACGAAUACCAUUAUGUAUAUGGAUGAUGGGAUUAAUGGAGAAUCUAGCACGAAAAAUGGGGAUCGAAGCAGCUCUGUUCGGUUCGCUAUGGCUGAAGAGCUUGAGGAGCUUGAGGAGACUUCGAGUUCCUCACCAUCUUUCCAACAAAUGAUGAGGAUGGAGGCUGAGAGAGCAAACAUUCCGUUGCGUACAGAACAACGAGUCAACAAACGUUGGCUUAAGAAAUUGCGAUCGGCAGCCUGCAUUUUUGAUAAGUCAACAGGAUUGGUGGUUGAUGAUGAUGAUGAUGAUGAUGAUUCAGCUGCAGGGUCGAGAGUUCGGAGGGUGAAGGUUCGACAGUGCAAGAAGCAAUUGAAGGAGCUAUCAGCCCUUUAUAUGGGACAAGAUAUCAAGGCACAUGAAGGUGCUAUCUUGACAAUGAAGUUUAGUCCUAAUGGACAGUAUCUUGCUACCGGUGGUGACGACGGGAUUGUUAAAUUGUGGCAAGUGAUUGAAGACGAGAGAUCUAAUGAAUCUGACAUCCCCGAAAUCGAUCCAUCUUGCAUUUACUUCACGGUGAAUCGUCUCUCGGAGUUGAGACCUUUGCUCGUGGAGAAAGAGAAGAUGGCUAACGCAAUGGUGUUGAGGAAAACAUCGGAAUCGGCUUGUAUAAUAUUUCCACCGAAAGUCUUCAGGAUCUUGGAGAGACCGUUGCACGAGUUCCAUGGACAUACCGGUGAGAUUUUGGAUCUCUCUUGGUCAAAAACCAAUUAUCUUCUGUCAUCAUCAGUCGAUAAAACCGUUCGACUUUGGCGAUUGGGAUCCAAUGAUUGUCUCAGAGUUUUUUCACAUAGUAAUUACGUUACUUGUGUUCAUUUCAAUCCCAUGGAUGAAAAUUACUUUAUCAGUGGUUCAAUAGAUGGAAAGAUCCGUAUUUGGGGAAUUCCUUGUAGUCAAGUUGUUGAUUGGAUUGACAUUAGGGAAAUUGUCACUGCAGUGUCUUAUCAUCCUGAUGGACAGGGAGGAAUUGUUGGCUCCAUAAACGGUACUUGCCGGUUCUUUAAAGUAAUAGGUACGUUUGUCGUAUUAAUUUGCAACUCGGGCUUAUCUUUUGUUCUUUGAUUUUGUUGCUCCCUAUCUAUUGUGAUUAUGAACUAUUGGCUUGUUUUCUUGCUGACAUAUAUAUGUGACAAUGAAUAGCGUUGUAUGUUAUGAGCGGUAUAUGUUAGCUUCGGGGAGUUUUACCUUUUGCUUUGUAAGAUUCCACAUCGGUUGGAGAGGGGAACGAAGUAUUCCUUAUUAGGGUGUGGACACUCUCUCCUUAGCGGAUGUGUUUUAAAAGCUUGAGGGGAAGCUCGGGAGGGAAAGCCCAAAGACGACAAUAUCUGUUAGCGGUGGGAUUGGGCUGUUACAAAUGGUAUCAAAGCUAGUCAUCGGACGGUGCUUUGGUUGGAGUAGGGCUAGACCCUCUCCCUAUUAGACGCGUUUUAAAACUGUGAG